AUGCUCGUCCGCCUUGUCUCCCUACAACAUACAAGAAAAACAUCAAAGAUUAACCACAAAAGCCUAUCUAUCUAUCUAUCUAUCUAUCUAUCUAUCUAUCUAUCUAUCUAUCUAUCUAUUUCAGUUUGCUUCUAUCUGUCUACUCCUUCCGUAUUCCUUGGCAAAAAACUAUCUGUCCCAUUCUGUUCAUAUCUAUCUAUCUAUCUAUCUCAUUCUGUUCUUUAUCUAUCUAUCUAUCUAUCUAUCUAUCUAUCUAUCUAUCUCAUUCUGUUCUUUAUCUAUCUAUCUAUCUAUCUAUCUAUCUAUCUAUCUAUCUAUCUAUCUCAUUCUGUUAUCUAUCUAUCUAUCUAUCUAUCUAUCUAUCUAUCUAUCUACCUCUUUCAUUUAUUCUUUCAUUCUUUUUAUAUAAACAUCUCUCUGUCAUUCAUUCAUUUAUCGCUUUCAUUUAUUCUUUCUUUCAUUCUUUUUAUAGAUCUAUCUAUCUAUAUCUUUCACCCAUUCAAUCUACCUCUUUCAUUCAUCCUUUUUAUAUAUUCAUCUAUAUCAUUCAUUCUUUCUAUCUCAGUCUGUUUCUAUCUAUCUAUCUAUCUAUCUAUCUAUCUAUCUAUCUAUCUAUCUAUCUAUCUAUCUGAACCGGACCAUAACACUAUCUAUCUAAUUUUGUUCAUUAUCUAUCUAUCUAUCUAUCUAUCUAUCUAUCUAUCUAUCUAUCUAUCUAUCUCAUUUCAUUCAUUAUCUAUCUAUCUAUUUAUUAUCUAUCUAUUAUCUAUCUAUCUAUCAUAUCUAUCUAAUUUCUAUUUAUCUAUCUAUCUAUCUAUCUAUCUAUCUAUCUAUCUAUCUAUCUAUCUCAUUUCAUUCAUUAUCUAUCUAUCUAUCUAUCUAUCUAUCUAUCUAUCUAUUUAUCUAUCUCAUUUCAUCUAUCUAUCUAUCUAUCUAUCGAUCGAUCGAUCUAUCUCAGUUUGUUUAUGUCUAUCUAUAAAAUAUUCAUCUAUCUAUCUAUCUAUCUAUCUAUCUAUCUAUCUAUCUCAAUCUGUUCCUAUCUAUCUAUCUAUCUAUCUAUCUAUGUAUCUAUCUAUCUAUCCAGUUUGUUCAUAUCUAUCUAUGAAAUAUUAG